AAAACUCUUGGAGGUAUAAUUCCAGCUAGACUCACAGAGGAAGAAGAGGACUGCAUAGAAGCAGAAAUACACAGAUUUCAAGCUGAUGACUGUCUGCCUCAAGAAACAGAAAGAGUGGAUUCCUGGUGGGGGAUUAUAAAGAAAUCUGGCCAGUAUCCUGCCUUAUCAAAAGUGGCCAUAGCUGCCUGCACCAUCUUCCAUGGACCCAUGGUGGAAUCCUCUUUUAACACAAUGGGAGAUAUAAUGGAUCCAAAAUCUUCCAACAUGGCAGUUGAGACAUAUAAUUCAAUUCAAACUGUCAAAUACUUCAUUAAAUCAAGAGAAACAACAGCAACAAAAUUAUACAGGAGAGAUGAUUUUCUUUACAGUCCAAUUGAUAGACAGCUGACAAGAAAUAUUAUGAAAUCAAGCUGUACUUACAGGGAGAGGCUGAAGAAAAGAAAUCAUGAUGAAAUGGAAAGAAUUAAUAAAUUACAAGUGAAGAACACAAGUGAAUUGGACUCAAAGAAAAAAGCUAAGCUAACACUUCAAGCUGAGGCAGAGAAAGAUCUUCAAGCUCAUGUCAAACAGCAAGCAAAACAAUCAAGAUUAAGAAUUCUAAAGGCUUUGGCUGAAAAAAGAAAAUUGAAAAAAUAA